UCAGAGGAGGAUGGAUGGAACAGUGAACUUCUACAGAGGAUGGGACCAGUACAAGAACGGCUUUGGACACGCAGCAGGAGAGUACUGGCUGGGUCUGGACACCAUCUACCUCCUGACUCUGAAAAAGAAUUACGAGUUGAGGGUGGACAUGGAGGACUUUGACGGACAGAAAGCCUACGCUUUCUACUCCUCCUUCGCCAUCUCUCCCAAAGUCACAGAUCCUGAACUGGAUGGCUACAAACUCCAGGUUACUGGCUUUAAAGAUGGAGGAGCAGGUGAGAACAGUUGAACUUCCUUAGAGAAACAUCUGGA